GGAUCUAGUCCUCGGGUCUUCCGAAUCCCGGUUCUGCCAACACUAUUCAACAUUGCUCAGCAAUCUUCGAGACUUCCAAGUGACCAAGCGAGAUUUUCUGAACAGACGCAAAAUGUUCCGUAACCAGUACGAUAGCGACGUUACCGUAUGGAGCCCUCAGGGCCGCUUGCAUCAAGUGGAAUAUGCCAUGGAAGCUGUGAAACUCGGUUCUGCUACGGUAGGACUGAAGAACAAGGAGUACGCCGUGCUCAUUGCUCUGAAACGCGCCUCAUCCGAACUAUCGUCAUACCAGAAAAAGAUCAUUUCUGUCGACGAUCAUCUAGGACUAUCGUUUGCCGGCAUCACGGCGGAUGCGCGAAUUCUCAGUCGUUACUUGCGGCAAGAGUGCUUGAACUAUAAGUAUGCCUACGACGCUUACUAUCCAGUUGGCCGAUUGAUUAGCAAUCUUGGCAACAAGAUGCAAGUGUGUACGCAACGCUACGAUCGUCGUCCGUAUGGAGUCGGAUUGUUGGUGAUCGGCUACGAUGACCAAGGCCCGCACAUCUACCAAACAUGCCCAAGCGCGAACUUCUUCGACUGCAAGGCGAUGUCCAUCGGCUCGCGUUCGCAAAGUGCUCGAACUUAUCUGGAAAAACAUCUCGGCAGUUUCGGGGACUGCACCAAGGAUGAGUUAAUCCGCCACGGCGUUCAAGCUUUGCAGGACACACUGCCGAAUGAGGUGGAACUGAACAAUAAGAACAUUUCGAUCGCAAUCGUAGGCAAUGGAGAAAACUUCCAUAUUCUGGAGGAGGAAGAGAACGAUAAAUAUUUGAGUAACAUCGUCCGCCGCGGAGGAGCUGCUACUGAAGCUGCCAGCAGUGGACAUCCGCCGAGGGAUGAUGGCGACGACCAGCCCCCAAACGCACCAGCGGAUCCGAUACCAGUAGUGGCGAUGGAGACAUAAACGACCCAGCGUCCAUAGCGGACGCAUUGCAUUCAUACACUGAUUGCUUUGUGUUCGAAGAUGUCAACCCAACCAGCAGUGUUGCUGAUUCUCAUUUGAAAUACAUCGGGUGGGAGUUUGAGUUGAGUAAAACUUCAAUUCAAACUCCCGCCCGAAAAUUAGCAACAGCAAUUAAACAAAUCAUGGGGUUCUGGUGAAAUUUCGUUUUCAAGCUAUAUUUUCAAUAAAAAUGCUUCAGUAAUGUGA